AUUGUCAUCAUUGUACAAGCCCUGUGUGAAUCCUUUUAGGGUUUAGAUGCUUCAAAUAAGGAAAAAUAUGGAGGCAGCCUUCAAAGUAUUGCUUUUGUACACUUUAUGCUUGACUUUUACAACUUGGGGAACAUACCUGUGCCUUCCAGACCAGGGUAAAGCUCCAAACAGUAACAUUAGAGUCCAGAAAUUAGCCUACAGGAAGUGAAAAUAUAAGAAAAUAGUCUGUCUCACUCCUUUGCAACUAUCUUCUGGCUAUACUAUUGUAGUAGUAGUAACUUCAGUACAGAGAGUGUGUGCCAAAUGCCUCACCAUCUCUGUUUAGUUCAUCCCAAAGGUGUUUGAUUUGUUUCUGCCUCACCAAACUAAUCCCAGCAUAUCUCUGUGGAGUAGUGGGAACACAAAAAACUGUUCCUAGUCAAAAGAUGAAGACUUGUGAGUAUACAUUACAGUGCUGCAGUGUUGUCUACAUAUUGUGCAAAGGAUAAUGAUAAUUUUUUUUUCCCCCUUUCCUUUUUAAGUUCUGACACUUUCUCAAAGCGGAAUACUUCUCCCCACCACUCCUCUGUCAUCAUAUAUUCUGGAGAGUAGAAGAAGCAGCGAUCGGGAGAUCUCUGACGUGACCUGGUCAAAGACGGGCGUCGUGUUUACCUCGCACCCGCUUGUGUGGCCGAAGGAGUUUGUGAAGUGGGUGGGCACUGUUACUGCCGUUGCCGCUGCUGAGAUGAACUCACAAAGUGCACACUGUCCAGACAGUCCAGUGCACACCUACUCCCAGCCCCCCAACUCCCAACUCACUUCUGUACUCUUCUCUUGCUCCUCAACUUUUUCAAUCGCAGCAGCUCAAGGACGUCUGGAGACGCUGUCUUCUUUGGUGUUCCUGCCUCGCAGUCGCCAUGUUCCGUAGUGGCAGCAGCAGUUGUACCUGCAGGAUCAUGCUCCUGGUCCUCCUUGGCCUCUUGUUGGUCUUUGUGCACUCAGAGACUGUUGCAGACCCGUCCAGGGACAACCAGGACAACAUGUCUGGGGAGAACCCAGCUGACAUUGCCACCACCACUGCCUCCACUGCCAGGGAGACUCUUCAUCACAUGACCGAGCAGACCUUCACUUUUGACUACGAGGACGCCACGCACACCCUAGCUGUGGAUGAGGAGGAAGGAGUCCUGGGCCCGGGGGCCAUCACAGCUAUCGUCAUUGCUGUCUUCCUGGGAGCGUCCGUCCUCUUGGCGCUCAUCGUCAUCACACUCAGGAAGUUCACAGCAUCCUAGAGUGUUUUCGUUGGCGAGUGUGUGUCUGGAGUGUGUGAGAAUGUGUGUGUUUUGUUUCUUCAGGACAAACUGGUGCUGUGGCAGGUCCCCCUAACUGAGAAGUCAAAAAUAUGUCCACAUUUUCCAUGUUAAAAGACUUGUUUGGCCCCACUAUUGAUCUAUUAAAAACUGGCUGGUUCUCCCAGUGGAAAACGCUAAUGUCUUUAAAUAUUCCACACUAGUAUUGAUGUUUGUACCCUAUUACCACCAGGGAACAAACUAACAGUAGUUUCUACUUUUUCCUACUCAUUUUCAGACAUGUUGACUUGUAAACGCGGUACCCCUCAAUGUAAUCUGUUAAGCACGCUGGAAACAAAAGUGUGUUUUUGUUUAAUUUGCAGAAAUGGAAUGUAUUAUGUUAUUUUGUGUUUACUGACAAAUCUGGAAGUUGCCAUCAUACCUAUUUUGUAUUGUCAUGAGAUUUACAGUUAAUAAAUUAAAGCCAAACAUAAA